CCUUUCCUUAUGUUACAGCCAUAGUAAGUUGCUGUACUCCAGAGCACAUGCAGAUUGUCAGUUUUCUCUGCCUCCUGCAUGCUGAGCUCUGCAGCUCUCUUGUCUCUGCUGGGAAACCCCUACCUUGUCUGACACCACCGUGUUCUUAGACCACCGAAGAUCUGAAAAGGUUUCUCCAGUAGCUCUCAUCAAAAAAAGUCUUCCAUUUUUCUGAAGGGAUAUUGAUAGAAGUUCAUUGCAAAAGAAAGCUUUUUGCAAGACAGAUGACUGAAAGCAACGGAGAAGAUCCAAAAGCUGGAAGCAGGAUGGAACGCAUCCAACAAGGAGUCCGAAAACGUACACUUUUGGCAAAAAAAAAAGUGCAGAGCAUAACAAAGGAUGAUGUUAAAAGUUAUUUAUUGAGGAAUGCCUUUGUGCUUUUCACCGUUGUUGCUGUGAUUCUUGGUGUAAUCCUUGGAUUUUCUCUCCGAUCAUACAAGAUGAGCUAUCGGGAAGUCAAGUACUUUUCAUUUCCAGGAGAACUACUCAUGAGAAUGCUGCAAAUGCUGGUCCUGCCACUAAUUGUAUCCAGUUUAGUCACAGGAAUUGCUGCCCUGGAUAGUAAAGCAUCAGGGAAGAUGGGAGUCCGAGCAGUAGUCUACUACAUGAGUACUACGAUCAUUGCUGUACUGAUUGGUAUAAUCAUUGUGGUCAUCAUCCACCCUGGGAAAGGUACUAAAGAAAACAUGCACAGAGAAGGCAAAAUUGUGCAAGUGACAGCAGCAGAUGCCUUUCUUGAUUUAAUCAGAAAUAUGUUCCCUCCAAAUCUGGUGGAAGCUUGCUUUAAACAGUUCAAAACGAACUAUGAAAAGAGAAUGUUUAAAGUAACUAUUCCAUCCAAUGACACAUCCACAGUGGCUUCCAUAAUAAGCAAUGUAUCAGAAGCAAUGGAAAAGCUCACCCAAAUGAAAGAGGAAAUAGUUCCUGUUGCAGGUUCUGUAAAUGGAGUGAAUGCUCUUGGCUUGGUGGUUUUCUCAAUAAGCUUUGGCCUGGUGAUUGGAAGCAUGAGGGAGCAAGGUCGGGCAUUAAAAGAAUUCUUUGAUAGCCUUAAUGAGGCUAUUAUGAGAUUGGUUGCUCUAAUCAUGUGGUAUGCUCCACUUGGAAUCCUCUUCUUGAUUGCUGGAAAAAUUGUUGAGAUGGAAGAUAUGGGUGUUAUUGGUGGCCAGCUUGCUAUGUAUACUGUAACAGUUAUCAUUGGUUUGCUAAUUCAUGCUGUCAUUGUCCUACCUCUCCUCUACUUCCUGAUCACUCGUAAGAACCCUUGGGUAUUUAUUGGAGGCUUAAUCCAGGCAUUAGUCACAGCUUUGGGAACAUCUUCCAGUUCUGCAACACUACCUGUUACAUUUAAGUGUCUGGAAGAAAUAAAUGGAGUAGACAAACGAGUUACGAGAUUUGUACUCCCAGUUGGUGCUACAAUUAACAUGGAUGGAACUGCUUUAUAUGAAGCUUUGGCUGCAAUUUUCAUUGCACAGGUUAACAACUUCGAUCUGAACUUUGGGCAGAUUAUCACAAUCAGCAUCACAGCUACAGCUGCCAGUAUUGGGGCUGCAGGCAUUCCUCAAGCUGGACUGGUCACCAUGGUCAUUGUGCUUACAUCAGUAGGUUUGCCUACAGAUGAUAUCACUCUUAUCAUUGCAGUGGACUGGUUCUUGGAUCGUCUCCGUACCACUACCAAUGUAUUGGGAGACUCCAUUGGAGCAGGAAUUGUUGAACACUUGUCACGGCAUGAGCUGAAGAACAAAGAUGCUGAAAUGGGUAAUUCUGUGAUAGAGGAGAACGAAAUGAAGAAACCAUACCAACUGAUCUCACAAGAAAAUGAAAGUGAAAAACCACUAGACAGUGAAACCAAGAUGUAGGGUAAAGAAAGAAUGAGUCCAACACUGCAAGUGUGAAAACCACACAUCUUUUCCAGCCAUUUAUAUCUUGAAUUCACCAACUUCACUUAUUCCUUUUUUUCUCCCUUUACACUAGCACUGGAAAGAAUUCAUGAAAACAUAUUCCAAAUUAGCAGUGAUCACAGUAUAUGUUGGCUUCCCACUUUAGAAAAGAAAUUAACAGGCAACAACACUGGUCCUGCUAGACACACACUAACUGAGGAUAAAAAAAAGAGAUUUUUCAAUGAAAUAAAAACAAAAAUGAGUGCAUAUGUUACUCAGUCCUGUGAACCCUUUUUUUUUUUUUUUUUUUCAACUGGAAAGUAAAAAAGUAAAAACAGAUAGCAGAGCCUGAAGUUUUUACUUUUUUUUUUUUUAAUACCUGUUGUGAAAAUUCCAACAUGUAUGAACACACAAUCAAUACUUCUGACUUGAUAACUGGAUCCAGCUAAGCACAGGAUUUUUGCUUUUUUAUCUGGUUUGUUUGUUUGGGGGUUUUUUGUUUGGUUUUUUUUGUUUGUUUUUUUUCCCUAUUAUUGUUCUUCUACUAGCAGGACAAAAAAAAAAAAAAGAAAAAAAAAGAAACAAAAAGAAAAAGAACAUUGUGAAAUUUUAAAAAGGGAGAAGAUAUACAAAAUUUUAAAAAUACCCCAAAUCAGCACUUUCAUCAGCUGAGUUGAAAUAUUAAUGGAAAAGUUAUUUUAUCUUGACAGUUUUUUGCAUUAGCCUCAGCUGAUCUUGACAGAAACGUAGCCUAGUCAGCUCCCACUCACUUGCAAACAUUUAUGUAUGUACCUGCUUCCAAUCUGGAUUUGUCCCUUUAAUUUCAACAUCACAACCCAGUUGAACAAUCUAUGUGUGCAUUUGUGGGAGCAAGGCCCUAGGCUUUAAUGACUGGGACAGAAAAUGUGUCUUCAUCUCUGUUUGGGAAAAAAAACAUUGCAUGCUCUGUGUACACCAAUUAUCUACUUAAUAAGCAACAAUAAAAACAGAAGGCAGUGCCAGCCUUCUGCAGAAGGUGCAGAAGCAUGAGAUGCCCAGAUCCUAAAGGGACUGGAUUCUAAAUCUGAAUCCCUGAGACCACUAAGAGGUUUCCUGAUUGGAAAUCUCCCAAAUGCUUGGUCAUCCCACUGAUAAGUUAUAGAGCUAUUAAGCUGAAUUUACAUUUUUCCAUCUGGAGAAGAAGGCUCCCUAACUCAACAUGAAAUUUUGUGAUCCUUGUAUGUUUAUUGAUAGCAUCUCGAAAAAUAGCCCUUUAGAAAGUAAAACUAAUGGGUGGUUUCUUUACUUUUUACAUGGAAAAAUAUAUAAAUUGCAAAAUAGUAACUACUAUAAUAAGUGUUGAAAUUUUUAUUAAAAAGAAUUUUAAAGCACAACUUGUAGGUUUCUUCCAGGUAAUAGAUAAGGAAAGAAUGAAAAACGGACACAACACAAUCAUAAUUCCAUGGCUUGUUUUGUUCAUUUCAAGAUUAUUCCCUGAGGAAGCCCUCUUCUAGAAAUAUAAAUUAAGUAAUUUUUUUCAUUUUUGCCUUGUAUUAUUACAGAGGUUAAACUGGAAAGUUUUAUAUUGCAGUUAGAGUUAGGGCAAUGAAAAAAUACUGACAGGCACAAUAGUGUUGGGUGACCUUUUUUUAUUAAAAUGUUCAGUUGCUUUCUUUCUCCGUCAACCGGUCACAAAAUUCUGAUGAUGGAAAUUAGGGAUUGCCUUACAAUGUUCCAGAUGCUACUUAAAAAACAUUCAAUAUGUUGCUUCUGUCACUAAAGGAACAUUAAUUUGGUGUACAACUGUAGUGAAAAUGUCAGCAUGCUUGUUCAAGACAAAUCUUUUCCCAGAGAAGACUGCUUAUUUUAGGACUGAAAACUCCUGCCCAUCUUCUCCAGUUCAGUAAUCCAGAAAAUGUGAGAAGGAACUCUCUCCAGUGAAUGAAGUGAGUAGGGUUUAAUACAGAGUAUUAAGCAGUCAAACCUACAAAGCUCUAAAUGAAUCUCUUACUAAAAGAAAACAAGUACAAGGGGGAUAUUUUUGCUAACAGAAUGCAAAUCUAGUAUACAGACAGGCAUUUUCUGAUAUGUAAUUAGAGAUAUUUUUAUAUAGAUACUGUAUUCAGAAUGUGUGUAUAAACAUUAACUGUAGAAUUUAUGACGUAACGAUUUAAUCUUUUGUUAAGAUCUUGUUUGGAAAUACAUUGCAAAGACAAUGUGAAUGGCUGUCUUUCUAUGACUACAGCUGAGAAAAGUGAAUUGUGUCACAAAGAAUGUGAUCUUUUUAUAUACUAACUUUGUUUCUUAUGGAAAUCAGGUAUUAUAGAAAGAUUCCUUUUCCCACCCCUCACUGGUUCUGCAUUGGUAUGCACCCAGAGUGGAUUGAGAAAUAUUACUUUGUAGAUGUAUUUUCAAUAAAAAUAGUUUUACAUUA